GCCUAUUCGGUACACAUGUGUCUCUCUUCCUAAUCUCUUUCCUAAUACAACUUCAUAAAUCUCUCUCUCCACGAGACUCUCGCUCAUUCACAUCUCACCAUGGUGAGCAGCAAGAUGAGAAUCAAAGUGACCGAAUCAACCCUAAUUCCCCCGUCCAAACCCACACCUUCCGAAAAGCUAUGGAACUCAAACCUAGACCUAGUAGUCGGUAGAAUUCACAUUCUCACGGUCUAUUUCUACCGGCCUAACGGCUCUCAAAACUUCUUUGACUCACGUACUGUCAAAGAAGCUUUGAGUAAUGUUCUGGUCUCGUUCUACCCCAUGGCGGGGAGGCUAGGACGAGAUCAAGAAGGCCGUGUCGAGAUUGAUUGUAAUGCUAAAGGAGUUUUGUAUGUGGAGGCGGAGUCCGAUAAUGUUGUCGAUGAUUAUGGCGAUUUCAGGCCGUCUUUAGAGCUCCGACGACUUGUGCCGGAAGUUGAUUACUCCGGCGACAUCUCCUCCUGUCCUCUUUUUAUUGCACAGGUGACUCGGUUCAAGUGUGGAGGAGUUGCACUAGGCUGUGGAGUGCACCAUACAUUGUCUGAUGGUUUGUCGUCGCUCCAUUUCAUUAAUACCUGGUCCGACAUCUCCCGGGGCCUUUCCAUUGCCAUUCCGCCUUUCAUUGACAGGACUCUUCUCCGAGCUCGUGAUCCUCCUACUCCGGUGUUUGAUCAUGUAGAAUACCAUCCACCACCUUCCCUGAAUACUCCUGAGGCUGUAAAGAGUCCCAAGGCUCCUACCACGACUGUUCUGAAGCUUACUCUUGAACAGCUUAAUCAGAUCAAAUCGACUGCCAAGAGUGACGGAAAUGCUAAAGAUCAUAGCACCUAUGAAAUCCUUUCGGCUCAUCUGUGGCGCUGUGCUUGCAAGGCUCGCGGCCUGUCUGAUGAUCAGAUGACAAAAUUGUACGUGGCCACGGAUGGAAGGUUCAGAUUGAGCCCUCCACUUCCUCCGGGCUAUCUAGGCAAUGUAGUCUUUACAGCCACCCCGGCUGGCACAGCAGGUGAAAUUAUAUCAGAGCCUUUAGUGAACUCUGCAAAGAGAAUUCACGCUGCAUUGUCAAAGAUGGGAAAUGAGUACUUGAGAUCAGCACUCGACUUCCUGGAAUGCCAGCCUGAUCUAUCAGCUCUUGUCCGAGGACCCCAAUACUUUGCGAGCCCAAACCUUAACAUCAACAGCUGGACUAGACUGCCAAUAUACGAUUCAGAUUUCGGAUGGGGGCGGCCUAUUCAUAUGGGACCUGCAGUCAUAUUGUAUGAAGGAACCAUCUAUGUUAUUCCAAGCCCCACCAACGAUAGGAGUGUGUCUUUGUCGGUAUGCUUGGACGCUGAUCAUGUGGAGAAGUUCAAGAAGUUCUUAUAUGAAUUCUAAGUCGAACGUAGCAGAAAGUUGAACAUACUUCUCCCCCAGUGUGAGUGUGAUCCUUUUCUGAGUGCCUAACCCAUCUGAGGGGCUUCGCAAUUUCCUUUUUCCUUUCUCGAAUUCCAUUUUUGGUUCAAGAGAUUGGUUGUCAGUGUUAUUGAUGUAUGUUCCUGUUUUGUGUAGAAUAAAGGCAAUCGUUACCCUUACCUCUGUUGUGCUCAUCCACAUUAUCAAAUCGUGUAAAAUAUCCUCCAUUUACCACCUUACUGUAAAAAUCAGCAAUCUAAUGGCAACAACAAAGAUUCCAAUC